AGCGAAUUCCCGUAUGUGUUCGGCCUGGUCCGGGGUGCUGUAUCGUUGCAUCGUCCGCGCGGCUCGUCGCGGUUUCGUGCGCGGGUGUGUGCGUGGGUGCGUGCGCGAGUGACACGUACCGAGGCGCAGCGGUGACCGGGACACGGGAGCCGAGAUCGGGAAACCAACGGGCCGUAAUAUAUGCCCGCGGAAUCGGCCACACUCGGCAGCAGGAAGAACGUUCUCUGAGGAGUGCUCGGAGAGUCGCGCGCAUGCCUCUGUGCACCCUCGCCAUUUUGGAGAUAGCUAGAAGUAUGGCUUUGGCAACGGACUGACAGAGGAUACGCCGAGGUUGGCCGACCUGGACAAGGAAAACCGAAGAAGAGUGGAGGGUGUAGAGCGCGAUAGAGGCUUCGGCCAUUCAAAGGGUAAUUGCUCUACUAUGCCGGCUAUUCCAAGACCGGGUAGUCUCAAGGACCCAGAAAUCGCCGAGCUAUUUGAGCAAAAUGAUCCGGAGAAGAUAUUCGAGGACCUCCGGGAAAUCGGCCAUGGGAGUUUUGGAGCUGUGUAUUAUGCUCGGUGUCUCGUCACCAAAGAAAUCGUUGCCAUCAAGAAGAUGUCCUACCUGGGGAAACAAACCGUCGAGAAAUGGCAAGAUAUUCUUAAAGAGAUUCGUUUCCUCAGGCAACUCAACCAUCCUAAUACGAUUGAGUAUAAAGGAUGUUAUCUCAGGGACCACACUGCCUGGUUAGUGAUGGAGUAUUGCCUUGGCUCUGCGUCAGAUAUAAUAGAAGUUCACAAACGACCGUUGAAGGAGGAUGAAAUAGCAGCAGUCUGCGAAGGCGUUUUACAUGGCUUGCACUACCUUCACUCUCUAGGCAGAAUUCACAGAGACAUAAAAGCAGGAAACAUUCUACUAACCGAAAAUGGUACGGUCAAGCUGGCUGAUUUUGGUUCCGCUAGUAUCAAAUGCCCAGCUAACAGUUUCGUUGGAACUCCGUACUGGAUGGCCCCUGAAGUCAUAUUGGCCAUGGACGAAGGACAGUACGAUGGCAAAGUGGACGUGUGGUCAUUAGGAAUUACUUGCAUCGAAUUAGCGGAGAGGAAGCCGCCUUACUUCAACAUGAACGCCAUGAGCGCUUUGUACCACAUUGCCCAGAACGACACGCCGAUAUUGAACUCUCCAGAGUGGUCGGAUGUAUUUCGCCAUUUUGUCGAAGUUUGCCUUACUAAGAGUCCAAACGAAAGACCGACGUCGGGAAAAUUAUUAAUGCAUCAAUUCGUAACCAGGACGCGCUCGCCGAAUGUCUUAAUUGACUUGAUCCAAAGGACGAAAGGUGCCGUUAGGGAUUUAGAUAAUCUAAAUUAUCGGAAGAUGAAGAAGAUUUUAAUGAUAGACUCCUGUGAGACCGAAAGUACCGUUGGAGAUGCCGACGAUACGCCGGACGAGCAAACGGGUGGGGACAGCAGCAAGAGCAAUUCCAUUACUUCCGAGCAUUCAAUUCAUUCCAUGGGUGUCUCGGCAAGCUCACAAAGUUCCUCCACCAACAGCCUGCCACUGCCGAAUGCCGACUCGAACGAUUACUCCACGGGAUCGAUCAGGAAUCGACACAAAAUAUCGGCUGGUGUCACUGCCAAUCUCCUCGAACACGGUGCCAAUAACUUUGCGACGAUUAGAACUACGUCAAUCGUGACCAAACAACAGAAGGAACACAUGCAGGAAGAAAUGCACGAACAGAUGAGCGGCUACAAGAGGAUGAGACGAGAACAUCAAGGAGCCUUGGUCAAGCUGGAGGAACGUUGCAAAAUGGAAGUGGAAUCCCAUAAACAGCUUUUGGAUAAGGAAUAUGAUACUCUGCUGCAACAGUUUAGCAAAGAACUGGAGAAAUUGCAGCUCAGACACAAUCAGGAGAUGGAGCGUAAACUGAAGCAAAAUCAAAAUGCGGAGAAGAAACUCCAUAAAGAGAUCACGAACAGGCAAGAGGCUGAUCGCAAGGCUCUCGAGGCACAGCAGAAACGCGAGUACAAGGCAUAUAAAGAAAGAUGGAAGAAGGAGUUAUCGCAAGAUGAAGUAACGCCAAAACGCCAGCGGGACGCAACCCUUCAAAGUCAGAAGGACAAUCUGCGUCAGAUGGAGGCCCAAGAGGAGCAACGACUGGCAAGAGGCCAACGUGAAUACUUAGACCUCGAGAUCCGCAAGUUCCGCAGAAAAAAAUUGCUCAUCUUCCACAGUCUCGAACAAGAGCUGUUACGAGAGGAACUGAAUAAGAGGCAGCAGCAGUUAGAACAAGCGCAUGCGAUGCUGUUGCGACAACACGAAAAGACUCAAGAACUAGAGUACCGACAACAGAGAGCGGUCCAUGCUCUUCGGGAGGAACAAGUUCAUCGGCAACACGCAACGGAGCUUUGUAAUCAACAGGAUUACAUGCAACGAGCUGAACGAGAUUUACGCAAGAAGCAUGCCCUUGAACUUAAGCAACAACCGAAAAGCCUUAAGCAAAAGGAAAUGCAAAUACGCAAACAAUUCAGGGAGACGUGUAAAAUACAAACGCGUCAGUAUAAAGCACUGAAAGCUCAAAUAUUACAAACUACUCCUAAGGACGAGCAAAAGGCAGUAAUUAAGAAGUUGAAGGAGGAACAAAGGCGGAAGCUUGCUCUUCUGGGAGACCAGUACGAGCAAAGCAUUGCAGAAAUGCUGCAGAAGCAGAGUAUUCGGCUCGACGAGUCGCAAGAAGUGGAAUGCCAUCAUCUCAAGGAGAGAUUAAAUUAUGAAUUAGAGAUCCUUAUGGCGUACCAGUCGAAGAAUAAAAUGCAGGCCGAGGCUCAACGUAAUCGCGAGAGACGUGAGUUGGAGGAUCGCGUGUCGGUGAGGAAGUCAUUGUUAGAACAAAAGAUGGAACACGAAACGCAGGAGUUUCUGCAGGAACGUAGUGAACGAAUUCGUCUGUUACACGAAAGGCAAGAACGCGAAUUGCAACAAUUCGACGAGGAGAGCGCAAGAAUUGGGUUUAGUGCACUGGCGAUAGCCGAGGGAUCGAAAGAGUCUUAUCCGGAUGACGAGAGCCUCAGCGGCUCGAUGUUAAGUCUGGCCCACAGUAAUAGCUCCACAUCCUUCCCCCCUAAUAGUCUUUAAUCUUAAUCGUUAAUAUAAUAUUGUAUGUCUGUCGUUGAUCUGCGCAUAUACGAGCUGACGAGGCCCGCGGCGUUGCUAUUUUUUAGCAUAAUCAAAUACGGGCCGGCUUGUCGCGCAUGGAUGUAAGUCGAAAAGGUCUGUCGGGAAUGCGUAUUGGAUGGGAACGUAGGGUAGCCCCCUCGUUUUGCGAAGACUAUACGUUCCUCUGGACGCUGAAUAUCUGUUAUAUAUACGUUAUAUAUACGUUAUAUACGUUAGGAUGCGACCUAGGACGAGCGAGGAGAGAUUCCUUUAUCUCUCCUUCGAGGCACAGCGCCCUGGGGAAGUUAGGAGAGCCAUGCAAAAACAUCGGUGACUGCCGUUUAGGUCACCGCGGGUUGUUUUUCUAGCUGGCCGAGGUUAACUUAAGAGAUUAGUCGCGUCCAAAGGUUCUUGGCCACGUAAUGGCCACUUAGACGGUACACAUUGCUCCUCCUCGGGACUUCUGUACAGAUCCGAGAGGGACGCCGGUACGAAAAAUAAACGUUAAAAUCAUUUGA